AAAGGGCCUGUCUCUCAUGUGGGUUCCUGACUAGAUGAGGAAAACAAAUCAACUUAACGUGGGAAAAAAUAAUAGAACAAAGACUUUGAGAAGAGACAAGAUCAUGCAAAAAACAAUAAUGAAGAAGACGUUAAAACACGCAAAACAAUGCAUUAAACUAACUACAAUGAGAAGCAUAUGCCGUCUUGGAUAUUCUGUCCUAAACCUACCCUUUUGCCUAUAAAUUCAUCUACCAUAUUGAAGCACUUCAUAUCUUCAUAUUUCUUAACCCCAAAGCUAAUUUUAUCAAAGUUGUUAUCACUUUGUGAGAGAUAAAAAUCAUCAAGAACAUCCGAAAUCAUGAAGCUCAACUCAUUUUCAAUCAUUGUCAUCAAGCUUUUGAUGCUACAAUACCUAUCAGCUCUUUGUCUUUCACAGGAUUUUGAUUUCUUCUACUUUGUUCAGCAGUGGCCUGGAGCAUAUUGCGAUACAAAACAUAGUUGCUGCUACCCAAAGACCGGAAAGCCUAUAGCAGAUUUUGGCAUCCAUGGACUUUGGCCUAAUUACAAGGACGGUGGCUACCCUUCCGAUUGUGAUCCCGACAGUCGUUUCGACAAAUCUGAGAUUUCAGACCUGAUUGGCCGUCUGGAAAAGGAAUGGCCGACUCUUUCCUGUCCUAGCAACGAUGGAACUAAGUUCUGGACACAUGAAUGGGUAAAACAUGGGACAUGCUCAGAAUCUGAACUUGGCCAACGUGAGUACUUUGAAGCAGCUCUCAAAUUGAAAGAAAAGGCUAACCUGCUCCGAGCACUGACAAAUGCAGGGAUCAAACCAAACGAUGAAUGCUAUGAAUUGCAGGAUAUUAAAGAUGCUAUAAAAGAAGCUGUUGGUUUCACUCCUGGCAUAGAGUGCAAUGUUGAUUCAUCUCAUAACAGCCAGCUUUAUCAGGUUUACUUGUGUGUGGAAACUUCGGGGACGGAUUUCGUUGAAUGCCCAUUGCUACAAAGGUUUAAAUGUGGUUCAAGCAUCCAGUUUCCCAAGUUUUAGUUGAAAAACUCCAUUUUCUUGAUUAAUUUAUCCAGCAAUUGUUUCAUCCUUUAACUAUGACUUUCAUUGUUAAAAAGUAAAGGACUCGGGUAUGGAUAGGCUAGUUUCCCUUUGUCCUUCACCUUGUUUUCUCCUUUGUAUUUUAUAUAAUAAAUUAA